CUAGUUUUAAUCUGGGUACAUCACUAAUAUCACUUUUUUACCUAGCAAUAACUUGCUAGUUAAGAUUUGUUGUUUAGCAGUUAUGAAAAUGUUGUCGAUAUAUCAUUUUUCUUAACAAUAUACAUACUAUACACGUAAAAACAUUAAAUUGAAAUGAAUGAGUAUAAGGAUAUCAAACAAGUCACAAUUGCUACACUAUUACUUCUCUUCUUCAUCCUACCUCUUCUUCUUAGACGUUGUUACCUCUUCUCUUUCUCUUGGUGUCCACUUGCUGCAUCUACCUGUUUGUAUACUGAUCCAGCAAAAGAAAUAUGGUUCGAAAGAAAGAUCGAUUUUGGGAGUAUGUUGAAGAACUAAAUGGUUGUUUCAAAUGUAAAUUCUGUGAGUGUAAUUUUGCUGGGGGUGCUACAAGGAUUAAAGCACACUUAGCUGGAGUUAAAGGUCACGAUAUUGAUAUUUGUAAAAAAGUACCUAAAAAAGUCCAAGAAGAAACUUCUCUAAAUAUUGGACAGCCUAACAAAAAACUUAAAGGUGCAUCAACUUCAAGGGUUGAGGAGAGGAAAAUCGGCUCAACUUCAAUAAUGAAGGAUGACACAUUAAGUGGACUCUUUAAAAAGAGAAAGGAAGAAUACAGAGCUGAAAUUAUACUAAAUGUUGUUGUGGAGGGACUUUUAGCCAAGUUGAGAUCAACUGUUAUAGAGGACCAUAUUAGUCUAGAGCGGGGUUUCAAGGAGGGGCUAAUGGACCUUCUUAUCUUGUUAACCCAGAUUCAACUUGUGUUAAAUGAUGUUGAGAAAAGACUAGUAAGUGAUGAGUUUUUGAGGAGCUGGUCAGCAAAGCUUAGAGAUGUAGCUUAUGACAUUGAUGAUGUGCUGGAUGAGUUUGGCUAUAAGAUUCUUCAGCAGAAGGUACUAAGCUCCUAUUUACUCUCCAAUUGCAUUGUAUCCCCCCUCAAUAUGGCAGAAAAUAUUAAGACCAUCAACGAAUCAUUAAAUAUACUUAAAGAUGACAUUGCUAGUUAUGAUCUUCAAGCAGAGUUUAUUAAAUCGAUCCCUGAGAUUAGCUUUAACAUGGAGAUAGACUCCUUCCUUGAUGAUUCAAAAGUUAAUCAAAAUGUUGGAAAUAACAUUGUUGAACCAACCUAUUGUGAUAGUGUGACUGGAAUCAUGGAGACUCUUCCCCAAUAUGAAUUAACAGAAUAUGAUUGUUGGUCCAUAUUCAAGAAAAGAGCAUCUGCAAAUGAAAGACUUUUAACUCUAGAUUUGGAGAAAAUUGGAAAGGAGAUUGUUAAAAAAUGUAAAACGAUUCCAUGGGCUGCAAGAUUUUUAGGGGGAAUAAUGUACUUUAUACAUGAUAAAGGUGAAUGGCUAUCAAUUCAAAAUAAUAAAAAUUGGGAUUUAUUGGAUGAUGAUAAUAAUGGAGUGUGUCACAUAUUAAAGUUAGGCUAUGAUCAUCUUCGAACACCAUCUUUGAAACGAUGUUUCGCAUAUUGUGCAAUUUCCCCUAAAGAUUAUAACAUGAAAAAGGACGAAGUAAUUCAGCAUUGGAUGGCUGAAGGGUUCCUUGGACCAUCUGAAGAAGCUAAUAUGAUGAUGGAGGAUAUUGGUAACAUGUAUUUCAAUAUUUUGUUGGCCACUUCCUUUUUCCAAAAUGCUACAAAGGAUGCCUAUGGUGAGAUUAUUAGUUGCAAAAUGCAUGAUUUGGUGCAUGAUUUUGCUAUCUCAAUUUCAAAAUCUGAAAUUCUAAUUUUGGAGGAAGAUUCUGUGGAUAAUGUUAGUAAAGUACAACCUUUAUUUGUCCGACUUGAUGGUGAAACAACACCAAGAACUUCAUUUAGUGGAGAUGGUUUCAUAAAAAUGCGCACAUUGAUUUCAGAAAAUCUAGACUUUGAUGACAUGUUAUCAAAUUUUAAAUGCUUACGUGUUUUAAAAUUAUUUGGGCAUAAUGUAAUAGGGUUGCCAAAUUCAAUUGAGCAGUUAAUACAUUUGAGGCUUCUUCACAUCUCACAUACUAAAAUUGAGGAAUUACCAAAAUCCAUUACCAAACUCUACAAUCUGCAAACUUUAAGAAUUGAAGAAUGCCCUAAACUCAUGAAGCUUCCGGAAGACCUAAGCAAUUUGAUUAACUUGAGACAUAUUAAUAUCAUUGGUUUGAUGGGGUUAUCGUACAUGUAUAGAUUACACAAAAAUAUGAGGCGGUUGACUUGCCUUCAAACAUUGCCAUUUUUUGGUGUGGGUCGAGAUGAAGGUUAUCGGAUCAAAGAAUUGGGACCAUUGAAGAAUCUCAGAGGAGAAAUAGGCAUUUACAAUCUAGGGUACGUGGAAGAUGAGGAAGAAGCCAAAAGUGCAAAAUUAACAGAAAAGGAAAUAUCCAACUUGGGAUUAUACUGGGAAUAUUCAAGAGCAGUGGACAGGUAUGAUAAAGAUGAAAAGGUGUUGGAAGGCCUCCAGCCUCACCCAAAUUUGAAAAGCUUGAGAAUCGAAUUCUACGGAGGAAAGAAAUUCCCAUCAUGGGUUGGUUUGUCGCUAUAUCACAAUUUGAUUCAUAUCUAUUUGAAUCAGUGUACAAAAUGUGAAGAAUUUCCCACUCUGGGGCAUUUACCCAGUCUUAGGGUUCUUGAGAUAUUUGGAAUGUGGAAGGUAAGAAGUAUAGGAAGUGAGUUUUACAGUUACAGUGAAGGGAGUUACAGAAAUACUACUGCAUUAUUCCCGGCAUUGAGAAUACUCAAAUUGCUUUUUAUGAGUAGCUUAGAAGAGUGGAAGGAUGCAGAGGAGUUGACAAGUGUAGGUGAGGUGUUGUUGGUGUUUCCUUGCCUUGAGGAGUUGAUUAUUAGAGGGUGUAAUAAACUGAGAGAUUUGCCAGAUUCACUGCACACCUGCGUUUCCCUUCAGAAGUUGGUAGUACAGGAUUGUCCUAAGCUGAGGUCAUUGCCAGGUGUCCCGUCCAUAACAACACUACCCAGUGUGGUACAAUGUUAUACAUCGUCUGUUGAAUAUAUGGAGAAUGGGGAUUGUCUGCCUUCUACUUCCUCCAUUCACCCCUCCCUCCAAAAGCUCAAAUUGUAUGGGUCUGUCCUGUUCCUGGACCAAAUUCAAUACUUCAAAGCCCUUGAAAUUCUGUGGAUACAGGAAUUUGGUGAAAUGGUAGCUUUACCAGAGUGGCUGGGCAACCAUUCCUCUCUUCAAGAGCUGUAUAUUGUGGAUUGCAAGAACUUGGUGCAUCUGCCCACUGAGGAAACCAUGCGACGCCUCACCAAAUUGAAAACGGUGAUGAUAUAUGGUUGCCCCAAAUUAAACAAUCAGAUUGACCACAAUCCAUUUAUUCAAUUUCCCAAUUUGUACCCACAUUGCAAAGAUUUUGAAGACUAACUCAGGAAGCUGGCAGAAAGUUCGCAUCUGGGAAAAUAAUUAAGUUGAUGACAACUGUCGCAAAGGCACUUUAGGCACUAGGGACAGCAAUUCUCUUGUGUUCAGCUGGAUGAAAAAUUAAAUAUUAUGAUGUUUUAAUCCCCUCCCAAGCCAACAGAUGUUUUAGUUGGUAUGUGAGCUGCUGCAUUGUUUUCAUAUGAGAUGGUUAUUCAGAAUCAUUAUUGCAUGAAAGCUGGUCCAUCUGCUCCCACACAUUGCCUCACCCAUUUUGGAGGUCCAAGAGUGUCCAUUACCAAUAGAUAGCUGGAUCAUUCAACUGGUAGCAACUGAAUUUUAUGUGAUGUCAUUGAAAGCCAAUAGUCACGCUUGGCAAUUCUUAAGGUAUAAGAGCUAGCCACUUCUAGUUUCUGAAUCAAAGGAAUUUGAUGGAAUGGAAGCUUUUCCUGAAUGUUUAGGACCUUUCAACUGUUCAACUAUAGAGUCUUCACAAUUGCAAGAUCUAAAUGUAUCUUUCCACGGCACACGAGCCAUGCAAUGCCUCACCUUGUUAGAAGAACUUAUUUGUCAUUGCCCCUAAUUAAAGGAAAAAUGUGCAAAGGGGAGCAGUGCAGAGUGGUCCAAGAUUUGCCAUAAUCCAAAUUUCUGCAUCAAUGAAUGCAUUAAACAAGCAAUUUGAAGAUCAUAUACAUUGUUAAGACAGAUGUCCAAUACUAGGGAUGGCGUAUCUAUUGUGUUCAGCUGGAGAACAAUUAAUUACAUUAUGGAUUUUUAAUAUACUCCCAAGCUAGAGGAAGUUUAUAAGAGUUAGUAGCACUUGACAAUUUGACAUAUAAGAGCCAAAAGUAAUUUCUGAUGUAUCAGAGAAUUCUUUUCAAAUCCCAAGGAUACCUCACAUACCACAAUCCAGGAGCCUAACCUUCUUUGGUGAUCUAAGUUGUUGGGCCAACUUUGGCACCUAUAUGUCCUUUGUUGGAGGCAUUAAAUUUGUGAUGAUGUUGGAGCCUUUCCAGAUGUGUUGGGGAAACUUUUCAUCUCUUCAAAAACUGAAGUUCAGUUACAAGAACUGCUACUACCUACCAACAAAGCAAGAAGUGAGAUCCCUUUCCAUGUGGUGUUGAAUGAAAGUUUGCCAGAGUGAUUGAGUAGUGGGAGUGGCCCAUCGGUGGAAUGUUGUUGAUAGUCCAAGAAUCACAAUAGAGGGAAUUCUAAAUUGAUUUCAUUGCAAUUAUGUCAUCGAAAUUUCAAACCAAUAGGUGAGGCCAUGGAUUUUCCUGUGCUUAUGGAAUAGUUGCUUCUAUCAAAUGACUUCAACAGCUUAUUGGAUCAUGCGGUGGACAUCUAUAGAAAAUGCAAUUGAGACAAUGUCUAUUGUUUCCAGCUGGAGGAACAAUUUAUUAUAAUUGCUAGCAGACGUACAAGGAGGAAGCUGGAAUGGGGGCAACUUUGAGUAUGAAUUCGAUGAAUUCAAGGCAAUUGGCCCUAAGUGGAGGAGAGCUAUGCCUAACAAAAGUCAAACCCUAAGUGUAUCCAAGCUUUGUUAAAAACUCUGCUUCCUUGUUCCCUUUACAGUAGGGAUGAUUUAGCUGGAGAUGGGAUAUCAAGCUUGUGAGGGGCCACUAGUCUCUAACCAUACCAGCAUAAAACUUUGUUGACGUAACAGUAUCAGUAAAGUCAUGGAUGUAUGUAUAAUCCUAUAAUAAAAUUUGUUACCUUUUCUUAAUUAAAAAAAAGUGCUAGUUGAGCUACUAGGCUCUUGGCAUGUUGGUGAAUUGUUUGUUUAAGGUAGAAGUGGAAUUAAUUUAUGACCGUGCUAAUAAUCUGGUUGAUAUGAACAAAUUUGGGUGAAGAGUUGGUUGGGGAAAACCAAGAAUCUCACGAGGACUAGACCAAUUUGUAACUUU